CACUGUAUGUCUGUACUAAUUUUAGUUCUACACACUUCUUAUCUAGAAUAUCCAGACACUUUUGAGUUUGUACUCUUGAUAAUUGCCCCGAAACUUAAGAGAAAGUAUCCAGGGUUAGGAAUGAUCUCCCCAGAGAAACAGUUUUUUAUUGCUAUUUGGCGAAUGGCUACACCAGAUUCUUACAGAUCAAUAUGUGAAAAGUUUGAUGUGAGUCGAUCAACAGCCUUAUUAACAACACGUCGAGUUACCAAGAUACUUGCAGAUUUAGCACCAGUAUUAAUUAAAUGGCCAACAGGCAACGCUAUCCAAGAAGUUUGGACAGGAUUUGAAGUAAUUAGUUCCUUCCCUAAAGUCAUAGGAGCUAUCCAUAGUACUCACAUCAAUAUCCCAUCUCCACAUAUACAUCCAGAAGCCUAUGUUAAUCGGAAAGGUCACCAUUCCAUUCAGCUACAAGUUUGUAAUAUGUAUUUAGUAUAUUAG